AUGUCUUCAUCGUUGACAAUCACCGGAGUGCAAGGUCGGAAGGUUGCCGUGCCGACCGGACUGUUCAUUCACAAUGAGUUUGUGCCAUCUUCCACAGGUCUGACCUUGGCCGUGGAGAAUCCAUCGACGGGCGAACAUCUCGGAACCAUUUCCGCAGCUGGAUUGGAAGAUAUUAACAAGGCAGUGAAGUCUGCCAAAGCCGGAUUCGAAGCUUGGAAGGCGGUUUCAGGACCCGCCCGCGCUCGUCUUAUACUCAAAUUGGCUGAUUUAGUCGAACGUGAUGCGCAGGAUCUGGCAUCUCUGGAGGCCGUUGAUUCCGGUACCCUAUUUACCGAUUCAAUGGGAUUGAAUAUCCCACAGGCGGUUGGCUGUCUUCGAUACUAUGCUGGUUGGGCUGAUAAAAUCGAUGGUAAGACACUUGAGAUGGAUGGUGGUAUUGCAUACACCCACCGGGAGCCUUUGGGCAUUUGCGGUGCCAUUGUCCCCUGGAACGCACCGUUAAUGAUCACAAUCUGGAAACUGGCACCAGCCAUUGCCACUGGUAACUCGUUGAUCAUCAAGUCCUCCGAAAACUCGCCCUUGUAUGCCCUGCGACUAGCCGAGCUAGUCAAGGAGGCUGGCUUCCCCGCAGGCCUGGUCAACAUUGUCGCCGGCGACGGUGCCAAUGCAGGCCAGUCUCUUUCCGAACACAUGGAAGUCCGAAAGAUUUCCUUCACAGGAAGCGCCAUCGCCGGACGGAAGAUUCUUCAGGCGGCAGCUCGAACCAAUUUGAAGAAGGUGAAUCUCGAACUCGGAGGCAAGGGGCCGUCGAUCGUGUUCGAUGAUUGUGACCUCGAGAACGCUCUGCUUUGGACCCGUAUUGGUAUUACUGCCAAUAAUGGCCAGAUCUGUGCAGCGGGAUCGCGCAUCUAUGUCCAGGCUUCCAUCUAUGAACGUUUCAUUGAGGCGUAUAAGAAGGCUUCAGCCGAUGCUCCCACUGUUGCUGGCGAUCCAUUGGACGCCGCAACUACAAAGGGUCCUAUCGUUAGCAAUGCUCAGCACAAGAAAGUCCUAGACUACAUCCGCCAAGGCAAGGAGUGUGGCGCGCGUUUGCUGUUUGGUGGCGAGCGAAUUGGUGAGAAAGGAUACUUCGUCCAGAAUACUGCCUUUGCGGAUGUUGCAGACGAUGCAACGAUUAUGCGAGAAGAGAUUUUCGGUCCAGUUGCGAGUAUCGCCAAGUUCUCCACCGAGGCAGAGGUCAUCGCUAAGGCCAAUGACACUGCUCACGGGCUGAGUGCUGCCAUCUUCACAAAUGAUGUCAACCGUGCGCAUCGUGUUACUAAAGCCCUGGAGUCUGGCCAAGUGACCGUUAACGCGUGGGCCAUGCUGAGCCCUAAUGUUCCAUUUGGUGGAGUGAAAGAGAGCGGAUUCGGCCGAGAUAUGGGCGAAGAUGCCCUCGAGGGCUGGACUCAGGUCAAGGCUGUCAAGUAUUGUAUUCUCCCUGCGCGACUGUGA